UUGAAAUUUUUGUUUGAUUUUAUUUCACAGAUUACUAUUUAUUUUGUUUAAUUUUUUUUUAAUAGGAUUAAACUAUAAAAGUCUUUAGAAAAACUUAUAUUAGGAAGAAUGCCAGGGCUUGAAGAUAAUUCAAACAUAGCAACCUUUAAGGAAAACCAAGUUGCAGAGGAUAAUUUGCAAUCUCACGAUUCUGGAAUACAAAAUUCUCUGUAUGAACUUGACCAACAAGACAAUGUUGUGAGAGAAACAACACAGACAGAUCAUUUAAAUCAGAAACUUUUAAAGUCAUUUUUAGAAAGAAUGAAAAAUAGUAUAUUUUUCCAACAAGAAUUUGCAGGUAUACCCAACAACUCCAACGACAAAACUGAUUUUGAAGAUGACUCAUUGUAAUAAAAAUAAUUAAACAUGUAUACAAUUCUAUAAAUGAAAAUUAUUUAAUAAAAAAAAUUAAUUUAUUCAAAAAAUAAAAAGUGCUAUUUAACUUAUUGAAAA